GCGCCGCGGAGGAGCCGAGCCCGCCGAGCCGGGCGCUCUAUUUCAGCGGGCGAGGCGAGCAGCUGCGCCUCCGGGCCGACCUGGAGCUGCCCCGGGACGCGUUCACGCUGCAAGUGUGGCUGCGAGCGGAGGGGGGCCAGAGGUCUCCAGCGGUGAUCACAGGGCUGUAUGACAAAUGUUCUUAUACCUCGCGUGACCGAGGAUGGGUCGUGGGCAUUCACACCGUCAGUGACCAAGGCAACAGAGACCCACGCUACUUUUUCUCCUUGAAGACAGACCGGGCUCGGCAGGUGACCACCAUCAAUGCCCACCGCAGCUACCUCCCAGGCCAGUGGGUCCACCUUGCUGCCACCUACGAUGGGCGGCUGAUGAAACUCUACGUGAACGGAGCCCAGGUGGCAACCUCUGGAGAUCAGGUGGGCGGCCUGUUCAGCCCACUGACCCAGAAAUGUAAAGUGCUCAUGUUGGGGGGCAGCGCACUGAACCACAACUACCGGGGCUACAUCGAGCGCUUCAGUCUGUGGAAGGUGGCCAGGACGCAGCGGGAGGUCCUGCUGGACAUGGCUGCCCACGGCCUCCAACCGCCUCUACCUCAGCUCCUCCUCCAGGAGAACUGGGACAACCUGAAGCAUGCCUGGUCUCCUAUGAAGGACGGCAACAUCCCCCAGGUGGACCUCAGCGCUGCCCACAGCUUCCUGCUGGACACCAACCUGGAGCCCCCGUUGUGCGGGCAGACGCUGUGCGACAACCCCGAGGUCAUCGCCAGCUACAACCAGCUGCCACGCUUCCGCCAGCCUAAGGUGGUGCGCUACCGGGUGGUCAACCUGCACGAGGACGGCCGCGAGCAGCCCACCGUCAGCCGCCAGCAGAUUGACUUCCAGCACCAGCAGCUGGCCGAGGCCUUCAAGCACUACAACAUCUCCUGGGAGCUGGAGGUGCUGGAGGUGAGCAACUCCUCGCUGCGCCACCGCCUCAUCCUGGCAAACUGCGACAUAAGCAAGAUCGGGGACGAGAACUGUGACCCCGAGUGCAACCACACGCUGACUGGCCACGACGGCGGCGAUUGCCGCCACCUGCGCCACCCCGCCUUCACCAAGAAGCAGCAGAAUGGGCUGUGUGACAUGGACUGCAACUACGAGCGCUUCAACUUCGACGGCGGGGAGUGCUGUGACCCUGCCAUCACCGAUGUCACCAAGACCUGCUUCGACCCUGACUCGCCACACAGAGCAUAUUUGGAUGUUAAUGAACUGAAGAACAUUCUGAGACUAGAUGGAUCAACACAUCUCAAUAUCUUCUUUGCAAACUCCUCAGAAGAGGAAUUGGCUGGAGUAGCAACCUGGCCUUGGGACAAGGAGGCCCUAAUGCACUUGGGUGGCAUUGUCUUGAAUCCAUCCUUCUACGGCAUUCCCGGCCAUACCCACACCAUGAUCCAUGAGAUUGGGCACAGUCUGGGCCUCUACCACAUUUUCCGGGGCAUCUCUGAAAUCCAGUCCUGCAGUGACCCUUGCAUGGAGACGGAGCCCUCCUUUGAGACUGGAGACCUCUGCAGUGACACCAACCCAGCCCCAAAACACAAGUUCUGCGGUGACCCAGGGCCAGGGAACGACACCUGCGGCUUCCACAGCUUCUUUAACACUCCUUAUAACAACUUCAUGAGCUACGCAGAUGACGACUGCACAGACUCCUUCACGCCCAACCAAGUCGCCAGAAUGCACUGUUACCUGGACCUGGUCUACCAGAGCUGGCAGCCCUCCAGGAAGCCGGCACCCGUCGCCCUGGCCCCCCAGAUUGUGGGCCACACGACUGACUCUGUGACACUGGAGUGGUUCCCCCCCAUCGACGGCCACUUCUUUGAAAGAGAAUUGGGAUCAGCAUGUGACCUCUGCCUGGAAGGGAGAAUCCUGGUGCAGUAUGCCUUCAAUGCCUCCUCUCCAAUGCCCUGUGGCCCAUCAGGACACUGGAGUCCUCGGGAAGCUGAAGGUCAUCCAGAUGUUGAACAGCCCUGUAAAUCCAGUGUCCGUACCUGGAGCCCGAAUUCAGCUGUCAACCCCCACACAGUUCCUCCAGCAUGCCCUGAGCCACAGGGCUGCUACCUGGAAUUGGAAUUCCGCUACCCCUUGGUCCCUGAGUCUUUGACCAUCUGGGUGACCUUUGUCUCUACUGACUGGGACUCUAGUGGAGCUGUCAAUGACAUCAAACUUUUGACUAUCAGUGGGAAGAACAUCUCCCUUGGCCCUCAGAAUGUCUUCUGUGAUGUCCCACUGACCAUCAAACUCCGGGAUGUGGGCGAGGAAGUGUAUGGCAUCCAGAUCUACACGUUGGAUGAGCACCUGGAAAUCGAUGCCGCCAUGUUGACCUCCAUUGCAGAUAGCCCGCUCUGCCUAGAGUGUAAGCCCCUGCGGUACAAGGUGGUCCGGGACCCUCCUCUCCAGGUGGAUGUGGACUCCACCCUACACCUCAAUAGAAGAUUCAUAGACACGGAUCUCACUCUUGGCAGUAUGUACCAGUACCAGGUCAUCACUAUUGCAGGAAAUGAAGAGAGUGAGCCGUCACCUGCCGCCAUAUACAUCCAUGGAAAUGGGUACUGUGGUGAUGGCAUCAUCCAGAAAAGCCAAGGUGAAGAAUGCGAUGACAUGAAUAAGGUCAAUGGUGAUGGCUGCUCCCUUUUCUGCAGACAGGAAGUUUCCUUCAAUUGCAUUGAUGAACCCAGCCGGUGCUAUUUCCAUGAUGGCGAUGGGGUGUGUGAAGAGUUUGAGCAAAAGACAAGCAUUAAGGACUGUGGUGUCUACACGCCCCAAGGCUUCCUGGAUCAGUGGGCAUCCAAUGCUACAGUGUCUCAUCAGGACCAGCAGUGUCCUGGCUGGGUCGUCAUUGGUCAGCCAGCUGCAUCCCAGGUGUGUCGAACCAAGGUGAUAGAUCUCAGUGAAGGCAUUUCCCAGCAUGCCUGGUACCCUUGCACCAUCAGUUAUCCAUACUCCCAGCUGGCUCAGACCACUUUCUGGCUCCGGGCAUACUUUUCACAGCCAAUGGUGGCUGCAGCUGUCAUUGUCCACCUGGUGACUGAUGGUACCUAUUAUGGGGACCAGAAGCAGGAGACCAUCAGUGUCCAGCUGCUUGAUACCAAAGACCAGAGCCACGACCUUGGCCUCCACGUCCUGAGCUGCAGGAACAAUCCUCUGAUUAUCCCUGUGGUCCAUGACCUCAGCCAGCCCUUCUACCACAGCCAGGCGGUACGUGUGAGCUUCAGUUCACCCCUGGUCGCCAUCUCGGGGGUGGCCCUGCGUUCCUUCGACAACUUUGACCCUGUCACCCUGAGCAGCUGCCAGAGAGGGGAGACCUACAGCCCCACGGAGCAGAGCUGCGUGCAUUUUGCCUGCGAGGCCACAGACUGUCCUGAGCUGGCUGUGCAGAACGCAUCUCUCAACUGCUCCAGCAGUGACCGCUACCAUGGUGCCCAGUGCACAGUGAGCUGCCAGACAGGCCACGUGCUCCAGAUCCGGCGGGAUGAUGAACUGAUCAAGAGCCAGACGGGUCCCAGCGUCACAGUGACCUGCACCGAGGGCAAGUGGAACAAGCAGGUGGCGUGUGAGCCAGUGGACUGCGGCCUCCCGGAUCAGCACCACGUCUAUGCGGCCUCCUUCUCCUGCCUCGAGGGAACCACCUAUGGCAGCAAGUGCUCCUUCCAGUGCCGCCACCCAGCUCAGCUGAAAGGCAACAACAGCCUCCUGACCUGCUUGGAGGAUGGGCUGUGGUCCUUCCCGGAGGCUCUGUGUGAGCUCAUGUGUCUCGCUCCGCCCCCGGUACCCAACGCAGACCUCCAGACUGCCCGGUGCCGAGAGAACAAGCACAAGGUGGGCUCUUUCUGCAAGUACAAGUGCAAACCCGGAUACCAUGUGCCCGGCUCCUCUCGCAAGUCAAAGAAACGGGCCUUCAAGACUCAGUGUACCCAGGAUGGCAGCUGGCAGGAGGGGGCUUGUGUUCCUGUGACUUGCGACCCACCUCCCCCGAAAUUCCAUGGGCUGUACCAGUGCACUCAUGGCUUCCAGUUCAACAGCGAGUGCAGGAUCAAGUGUGAAGAUGGCGAUGCCGCCCAGGGACGCGGGAGCAACAUCAUCCACUGCCGGAAAGAUGGCACCUGGAGCGGCUCCUUCCACCUCUGCCAGGAGAUGCAAGGCCAGUGCUCCGCCCCGGACCAGCUCAACAGCAACCUCAAGCUGCAGUGCCCCGAAGGCUAUGCCAUAGGGUCGGAGUGUGCCACCUCGUGCCUGGACCACAACAGCGAGUCCAUCCUCCUGCCAGUGAACGUGACCGUCCGGGACAUCCCUCACUGGCUGAACCCCACGCGGGUGGAGAGAGUUGUCUGCACAGCUGGUCUCAAGUGGUACCCUCAUCCUUCUCUCAUCCACUGUGUCAAAGGCUGUGAGCCCUUUAUGGGAGACAAUUACUGUGACGCCAUCAACAACCGAGCCUUCUGCAACUAUGACGGUGGGGAUUGCUGUGCUUCUACCGUGAAGACUAAAAAGGUCACCCCUUUCCCUAUGUCCUGUGACCUACAAGGUGACUGUGCUUGUCGGGACCCCCAGGCCCAAGAACACAGCCGGAAAGACCUCCGGGGAUACAGCCAUGGCUAAGGAAGGCCGACGAGGUGUCAAAGAAUGCCCAGCGCAGGACCUGCAUCCCUUUGGUAUUGAUUUCACCGUCAGCUGCUCAACGGAAUGGCCUCUCCACACCAGGGAUCCUUAGCACCCAACCGGUCUGCCUUUAAUUUCUCCCAGGAAGGACUCAUAGUGGGGACACAUGAGUCAAGUCUCACCCUGCCGAACAGUGGAAUAGAAUCCCGUCCCCAAGUCUUAGGUGGAUCGCACAUAGAGCGUGCACUCCCAAGCCUCCUAACAUUCUAAACAUUUGCCACGUGACCACAGCAAGAAACAAGCUCUGUACCUAGGAGUGUACACCCCUGUGGUCAGUGCCUAUGCAUGCAUACGUACCCACACAGACAUCACGUGAGGGCGGUUUUGGAGACUGAGCAGAGAGAGUGGAGCAAACUUUCCUUUCCCGAGCGCCUAGCCAACACCGUCCUUGGGAGAAAGAGUUGCAAAAACUGCUAAUACCGAGUGUUGAGAUGCCAAGAUAGCUCCUGCCCUGAGGUUUGGAAUACAUAGGGCCUGCACAGUUGUGCAGUUCUUUGGGAUUAGAAAUGAGUCUCUGAUCACCUACCUUCCAGGGACGUAGGUUAAAGAAAAGGUAAAGAAUCCAAGGUAUGCAAAGCACGGCACUCCCCCCCCCCCAAUUACUCCGCUGCCAUGGGGGAUUGUACCCCUACUCCAGGGUUUGAGGUCAAGGUAUUAUACCAGCCCCCUGCUUGAGGCCAUGAAAUCCCUCCAGAACCCACCUGUUCCCCAAAUCUUGCCUUGGGACCACAUUUGCUGCUACUUUUCCUGCUGCUCUAUCCUAUACAUUGAAUGCCCCAAGAUGGUAGGACUAGGUUAGGGAAAACCCCACACAACCAAACAGUCUGCCUUAAAAGUGACCCACACUUUUUCCAUAACUCCUUACUUCUCAGCCUUCUGCAAGAGGGAUCUCCUAUUUGGCCCACAUGCUGAGUCCCGCACGUGGACUUUUCCUCCUGGAAAAGAGUUGAGGGACUUGAGAUGCUGGAACCUUCACUGAGUCCAGAAUGUCAAAGCCAGUGUUAGAUUUUAUAGUCAAGCGGAACAGUGUUAACUCCCGAGAUUAUUGAAAUUGUAGGACCCCUUGAGUUAAUACCUUUAGCCCAGCCUUCUCACCCUGCAGGCUGGAGGUGGGCCUGAGGCCCUUGCUGUUGCUUUGUGUAUCUGUGACUCUGGAACAGAGCCUCAUCUUGGAGAUGGUUAUUGCAGACUGUUUGAGAGGGCCAUCUGAAGGAAGCCAAAGAGUUCACAGCCUCCGUCCCCAGCAGUCCAACACAGUCACCCUAUCUUCCUGAUGGUCUUCAGCGUGCCCUUCCCUCUCCAUGUUCAGCCUCCAAAGGUUAGUCAGAUGCACACAGAAGCACCCACCUCUUUCACACUUCAGUUUACCUGUCCUAUGAAAUCAUUUGGGAAGAGAUUGACACAGAGUGAGCGGGGGAGGGAAUGGUUGGAUCGGACAUAUUUUCUGAAACCCAGAACUAAGAAAGUGAGGUAUAGG